CAAACCCUCGCACUGUAAGGAGAAAAACGAAACUGUGGUUCGCGUCACUCAGGGGUAUGACGGGAUCGCGCCCGGCUGGAGAACGAGGAGGAUUACCAUCGGUACAUGGAACGUGAGGACCAUGUACGAGUCAAGAAAGACGGCGCAGGUCGCAGAACCAACAUCACUAGACAGGCAUUGCAGUGGAACCCCCAAGGCAAGCGGAAAAGAGGCCGUCCAAGAAACACCUGGCGACGCGACCUUCAGGCUGAUAGCAUAAAAAUGGUCUAUACCUGGAACCAGCUAGAGCAAAUGGCCCAGGAUAGAGGACUCUGGAGAUCUGUGGUUGGCGGCCCAUACCCCGAUUGGGGUGACGGGCAUGAGUGAGUGAGAGUAUUCUACUAGUACUGUAUUUGUUUAUCUGGCAGUGGUGAAGUCACUACGUUUGGAUUCAGAUCUGAACUGAAAUUUCUUCAAAAUUUGGGUGCAUUAGAGCUGGGAUUUUGGUUCAACUGGUUAUGAAAUAUGGGCGCGAACCACAACGUUCAGAUAUGGUUGUGAACUUCUAAAAUGCUCCGUGGGUGGUUGGAUCUAGGGUAAGGGAGGCUACUCAGCUACUUACUCCCUCCCCAGAAGAAGUGGGUGGGAGAGAGAGAGCAAAGAAUGGGCACAAUCGUGGCUUCACCCCUGUUUCCUCUCCACAAUGUGCAUAUACACUCUCACUGGCCAGAGUAGCUGAGCCAUUAUGCAGUAGGUGCUGGUAUAGCCCAGCAGUAAAUUACUUUUCCUCAGGAAUAAGGUUGACACAGUGGAGCAAUUCUGACUUAGAGGUGAACCUACCCCACCAUGAAAAAUAUUGCAAAGCUUGCCUCAAAACCUGGUGAAUUCCCAGGAAUCCUCUCUCUGUCUAGAGGCUCCAGCCCCCAGGGCGGGGCUCUGGAGAAAAAAUAAUACAGCCUUAGGAUAGGCUCCACAGAGCUGGAAGGGAGAAAGUGAGGAUUUCCCUAACGCUGUCCAGUCUCUGUUCCUGAUGUCCUCCACAGGGUCUGAAUGAGGGGGAAGGCAGUGCUGCCAAGGCAGCUAAACCUCAUUCUUUGGUGAAGAAGGAAGAUCUGCGUAUGAAGGAGUGAUCUAUGUGUCUGUUGGGUGUCCAAGUAUUUGAUGCAUUAUUUUGAACAAGCCUAAGUAUACACUUAGCAUCUCUAGCUGAAUGUGCCUCGACCAAGAAGAGAGGCUCAGUGUGCUAGCCACUGACAGUUCCUGCCCCCAAGAGCUUCCUUUGAGUAAAGGAAACAAGUAAGAGUAAAAAGAUUGUACAAAAACGCUCCCAGAAACAAAGGUCAGUCAUUUGAAUUUUCUGUUGUAGCUCUAAUAUGUAGCUUUAUAUUAAUAAUGUGAAAUUCAUUGCCUCUAAAAAUAGCCUUUUCUCGUCAUGCACAGAUAAACAUUUAGUAGAACUACAUAAAUGAUUAAAAGAAAUUGUAUGAUUAAGAAUACCAUAAUUGGAUGGAGCAUGAUGAUCCAAGCAGCAUGAGCUUCACCCACAUAAAAAUACCUUCCCACCAAUGUAGAGAUGUGGUUUCAUCCUUUACUUUCUUAAGGAUUCGUUUGAUUUUAUCCACCGAAUGGCGGACCGUGAGAAGAGUCUUAAGACCUUCCGUUUUUAAGUUGUUGAUAUAAUAGGUGAGCUGUUUACAGUGUCGUAAUUUCUUGAUAGCCUUUAAGUCAGCUCCAAUAUGUAUAGGCUCUAUGUAGUCGUAUAGUCGAUAUUCAGACUGAAUGACUUCUGACUCUAGGUCAUGCAACGUCACAUUUAUAUCACAUCCCCUUAGACUAGAUACUUGACACAAACAAAUAUUUGCAGUAAAAUUGUUGAUUAUAUGGUAAAACCUAUUUACAGUAAACAUUGGACACAGACUUCUUACACAGACACAGUGUCUAUUUACCUGCACUAUGGCCGACUGGUUAACAAGGGAAUGGUGAUGCAGCUCGUAACUACAUGAUCCUGACAAAGAGUUUAGGCACACAUGGGCCUCCUCCCAUAUGCAGAGGUGCAAGUUAAUCCCAAUCCUUUCUGCUCAGUACAGGCUUGUAUAUUAAUGGGUGUAUACUCUUUCCCCUUAAAAUGCACUUUCUUCCACAAAAGCACCAUUAGGGAUUGGUUGGCAAAAAUUCCUAGCGGAACGAGAGGAUAGAUGCUUUCCUCAACAGCUGACCUUAAGGUGAGUACAAGGGCUAUAAUAGUCUCAUUAUGGGGAAAUUAAUGAGUCUCCACCAUUCAUGAUGGAGUUAUUUCCGAUUAUUCUUUUUAACUCCAAAGGCAUGUUUCCAUUUAGGCCAUCUCUUACAAUUGAUUUUGCAACACUUAAUAACUAUUGCUGGGCUUCCAUACAGAUAAGUGCCUCAGAGAGAUUUGAUUGCAGGAUGCCAAGAGCCCCCAAUAUCUGUAGGUGAUCUUGUUCCUGAAUAUCCAACCAAUAAGGGAGGAUAUUUACAAUAUUGAAUUUAGUGGGUCCUAAUCCCAUCAGCGCUGACGAUAGUGGCUCCAAGAAGGUUGACAUGUCAUGACCUAGAUCACCUAUUCUUUUGGCAAGGAAGUUUUGAUCGAUGGUAUUAAUUACCCCAAGUCCAGCUCCUACUCCUCUAAGCACCUUUACUAUCACAUCCCUUUUCUUCCUUUGUUGUAAGGAGGAUGGCAAGAUUCCUUGUAGCCAUGCUCCCCAUCCCAUUAAUAAGGGCAUCACAAAGGGUGCACACAGAAGAUGUAGUGGAAUGAUAAAGAUUUGAAUAGGCAUUAUGAUCUUCUUUAGGGCGAAUUGAGGUUCAAUAAUCAUAAUUCUUGAUAUAUCCUUUUUGACAACAAAAGGUCCCACGUAACUAGUUUGUGGUGGUGGAGCAAUGGUCAAUUUGAACGAUGUUUUCAGUUCAAACAGGCCCUUAACAAUCCACACCCCAAAGUGCAAAAUACUAGUAUUAACCAUGAGAAUUCCUGUGCAGGUGAGGUUGUAUUGUUUUAUUGAGUCAUCCAAUUUGCAAAACUUAGAUGAAACAUAAUUAGUCAAAGAGAGAGAACACUGAUUUCUGCAUACUUGACAGGAUAGAUUCAUGAUUAAAUGUUCGUUGGUAUAAGGGGGUGCCCAUGUAAUUUAAUUGAGGUGAAUUGAAAAUUAUGGUGAUGUAGGCUACAAGUAAUAUUUAUAAAGCCUGGUGUUGUGGUAGAAGGUGCAUUGGUUUUAAAAUUGAUACGCUUGGAUGAGUCCCAAUCCUUUAUGUCCUGUGAACAACCUAUGAAAGGGGAAGAGUCCAACAUCCAUGCACAUCCAUUAAAUAACUUUUUAAUAUAUUUUAGCUGUCCAGUUGGAUUUAGCACUGGGUCAUGUGUUCGAUUGUUGUGUAGGGUGAAUGACACCAGUGAGUUGUUGCCUUUAUUCUCCUUUAUAACUAAAUAACAAUACCUUUCCAUUACGUAGGAGUAAAUGCUGGAUAAUCCAGUCAUUACAUCCUCAGGGACGACCCAAUAUGCAGGAGUGAGAGGGAUUCGAGUUGCUGGCAGAUCUUGUUUUCCCUGUUUAAAUCCAAAAGUGCAUAUUUUAAGCGGUGCCUUAGGCGGUGCUUCUGUCCUAACUUCCUCCUGGAAAGGGUUUAGUUGGGGCCCUUGGCAUCAUUUGGAUUCUAGCUCCUUUGUUUUCCUUCUCGUAAUUCUUGUCAUACUCCUCAUCAUAUUCCUCAUUUUUAAAGUCUCUUGUGUAUAUACAUCUUUUUCUGAAUCCUCAUCCUGGUCAUACUCAAAAACAGGAAUCUUUCAUUUGUAGAGUAGACUCUCAUUCACUUUACAAAACCAAUGCUCAUUUUCUUGAACUAUUGGACCUUGACAAAUCCAUAACCAUGCCAUAACUAUAGACAUCAGAUAUUUUCCAAGAGUGUUCAUGCUUUCUUCAGUACCCUGUAAAAGAAAACAUGAAAAUAUUAAUUUUACCUAAGGUGAUUUAUGAUUAUUUUUCCUCUCUUUUUCCUUUACAGUGUUGUCCGGGCAGAUGUUUCCCUUCCAUGCUCUGAGUUGUGUGCUGUGAAACCAUUUGGUGACUCGUUUCUUCCCAGACUUUCAUUCCAGCUGGAAGCUGCAGUUCUUCUGGAGCCUUGGCAGCACAGAUGCGGUGUGUUGCAGGGAUUAGAAUACCUGCUUCUACGUGUUCGGCUUGAAUCAACAUCCUAUCAGAUUGCUGUGUGUUUUGGAAGCAGGAGUUCAAAGUGGAAAGAAAUCAAAACUCUGGUGGAAGUUGAUUGUGUCCCUUUUAAAGCAGAGUCUCUGAGCUGCUAAUGGCUUUGGAUCCAAAAGCAAGCCAGAAAGCAUCUGUGUUGAUGCAAAUUACCUAACUGAUAGUGGAAGGAGAGAGCUGCCCAUAAAUGGCAGCACAAAGGAGCUGCAGAUAAUGAACAUACCUGCUCAGCAAACAAACUACACCUCUACCCGAAUAUAACGCGACCGGAUAAAACACGAAUUUGAAUAUAACGCGGUAAAGCAGUGCUCUGGGGGGGCAGGGCUGCGCACUCCAGCGGAUCAAAGCAAGUUCGAUAUAACGCAGUUUCACCUAUAACACGGUAAGAUUUUUUGGCUCCCGAGGACAGCGUUAUAUUGAGGUAGAGGUAUACCUGAAACCAAAAGGCUAAAAUUAUGACUCCCCUCCCCCCCCCCAAGGAAGGUGGAAAAAGAAGUCAACCCUAAAAAUAAGAGGGACAUGUUAACCCUAAGUAGAAAAAAUAUACUUUUUUGCAUGUAUGCACAGUGCUAAAAUCUGAAGACAAAUAAAAAAAGAGGUCUGCUUAUAUGCAUGACACCCCUACCUUUUAAUUCACCAAAACCCCAAGGAUAUAAUUCAUGGUAUAACAAGAUACCUUUAAUAGAUUUGAUGCUAAUGUUAUUGUUAAUAUUAAACAUUAGGAUAAAUUUAAUGUUAAUAAGUUCCCCUGUAACAAUGUAUAGUGUGUAUGAUUUUUGGAAAUAUCCUUUAAGGUCAUAGGAUGAUGCUUUUCAGCUAUUACCUGUGAAUAAACGUAAAGCUUAGCACAGUAGAAAAAACAUUACAAACCUGGUCUGCUGUAUAAAAAGGGAAACUGAGGUACACCACCUCAUGAAUUUAAUGACUGAACAGUGGGAUAAUUGCCCCUAAACCCUUACAGGGUAAAAGCCAUUAAACCUGGCCUGCCUAUAGAACAAAAACACAGGGAAGUAUGGGGGUAAUUCCUCUGUUUUGCCUGCAAUCAGCAAGGAUAUUUGUAAAAGGAAGGGGUAUUUUAAGCAAUAAUCUGCCACCCUGUUCCAAAUAUGCUUCCAAAUAUGCCACAAAAGAGGUAGAAAAAUGUUCUUUUUGUCUUUCAGAACUUUAGGAAAAGCUGGUGCCAGCUAAAGAGCAACCCAGAAUACGAUGGAUCUACUUGGGGGGGAGGAGGAAUCAGUAAUAAUUGGCAAGUCUUAAUCAACUUCCAGCAUGCAAGCCCAACUGAAUGCACCUGGGUGUUGUAUAAAAUUGGAUGUAAGGAAAGGAAGGCCAUUGCAACACCUUCCCUAAUUACUAUAAGGGGCAGAACAGUAAAGGCCCAGUGAAGGUAUAGCUGCCCUAAUACUAUCUCAGUGUGAACUACUGAAGGUUAUUGGAUUUGCCUGGCAGCCAGGAGGGGUGGGUAGCCUAAAGAAAAGGCUCCAAAGAAGUGUAUUGGAAACUGCUUUGGGUGGAAGUGGAUUAGGAGUUGGAAUACUGGAUGCUACUAACAUAGAGGUAUUGGCAAAAAAACUAAGUUAUGUCACAGCUGAAAUACAAGAAAGGCCAUCUCGGAAAGCCCAUCUGUGUCUCCUUGUCAGAAUUAGGAAUGGCACAACAAUUAUUUUCUAAAAUACUGCCAGUAUGGCAAUAGCAAGGAUGUUAUUUUUAGCAGGAACUAUGGAUACAAUACAAGAAAAUGUGUCCAUAACAUUAGCCUGUACACAGGCCCAGGAAAUAAGUCAGCAAUUGGUCAUUCAAAUAAUCUGGGAAGGCAUGCAAAGAAAUUUGCCUUUGGAAAUAAAAAGUUUUGAGAGAAAAUGUUACAGAAGGGGAGAAGGAAUUAUUGGCAUUGUGGAAAUUGGUAAAUUUUACAUUGAAUACAGAUCAAACGGUCCUACGGGCGUAUGUAGUAACUGUACACCCAGCCUGACUAUUGAUAUAUAUACCCGGUGGUACCUGUGGGAAUCCAGCUAAUGAAAAAUUUGGUUAUGUAUUCUGCUGAUCAUCACUCCUAGGCAUAUAAAGAAAACCAACAAUGGAAAACCAUUGACAUUUUCAGUGUGUGGCCCAUGAAAAUUUGGGAUAGGUGUGUGAGGAUCAAAACUUACAAGAAAGAGAUGAAUGUUUUUAUGUAAAAGACAAAGGAACCCAAAGAUGUAUGUUUGAUAUAUUCAUUGAACAAAAGUCAUCUGUUGUGUAUGCGGGAAAGGGACGUGUUUGUGUUAGAAGUCAUUGUCCUAUGGUAGUAGUAGACGAUAAUGAACUGUAUUUUAUGUCUUAUUUAGUUAAUAGAUGUUUCUGCAAUAUUAGGAAAAUUAUAAGUUAUAAUGUUGAAUACUAUGUACCUGUAUGGACUCUAAACUACUUGAAGUUUAAAUCACAGUUGUAUCAUAAUAUAAUGCCUGUAACUUUAGGCAUGAAUAUGACCAUGAUAAGAAAAUUGUUGGUCCAUCCUAUGUUAUACUCCCAUUUACAAUAUACAUUGCACAGACAGCAGAACAAAUACAUAUUGACUUACAACAUGAUAAUACAAAAAUCAGCCAAGUGCUGAAAACUAUUGCAGAUGCAGGACAUCACUUCUGGUGGGAAACACUAUUAGGGUGGUCACCUUCUGCAACUGGUAUGCUAAAUAUAAUGGUUCACCCCAUUCUGGUGAUCACUGGAAUCCAACUGGCUUUAUUAGUGAGCAUAAUAGCUUUGGCUUGCUGCAUGAAGAGAACUGUUUGAAGACUGCAGAAAGCUGGUAUACAAAGUCAAAUAAGGCCCUUGUUGGUCCUACCAAGGAGGCAAGCCCAAGCUCAGCAGCUCCGAGUAUUGGACUCCUUUGAUAGUAAUGACAGCUUUGGUAAAAGCAUCAUUAAGGAGGGGACUGUAAGGAUAAGGCCUGCGUCUGCAGCCAGAUUAAAAGAGCAGCCGAGCAGCAGCCAUUAGCUGAGAAGCAGGAAGUCACAUCCUCACAUUCCAUCUAAAUGGCAUUAAAACAAUGUAAUAUCAGGCUGUUAAGAAGGAGACCCCGUCCUAAUAACACCCACUGUCACCAGAUACAGAAACAGAUCUUCAGAUGGUUAAAGAAAACUUAGUUUGAAUCAUUCUGUCUGCCAAGAAAUCACUUAUCAAUAGUUGUGGUUGUGAAAUCCUCAUUUCUUUAUUGUUUUGUCAUUAUGGUCCCCACUUCCCUAUUGUUUAUCUGUAUGGUCUCUGUCUGGUUCUUUAAUUGUUUCUGUCUAUUACAUAAUUAAUUUUGCUAGGAGGUGGGGAGAAUUGAUUAGAGAAUUUUGUUACACUACGUUAGGAUUGGUUAGAUAGAUUUCAGUAUAAUGAUUGGUUAAGGUACAGCUAAGCAGGACUCAAAUUUCACUGUAUAAACUGGGGUCCAAAAGGAAGUUCUUUGGGAACCAACUCCAGGACACAGCCCCAAAGAUCAGAGCUGUCAGACCUCAACCCUCUGCCAAUGACACCGUGCAGAACCUGUAGGCCCCCAGAUGGACCUGAUACUGACUGGCCAUCAAGAGAAGUUCAUCUGGCUUAUUGGGAGUGGUGAGCACUGUGUGUGUAGCGUGUGCAGUCUGGUUUUGGUGAUUGUUAAUAAAUAGAGGUUAUGUAGUAUAUUACUGUGCAAGGCUCUUUCACUGGUAAAAGGUCCUGCAAGCCUGCAGUAGUAGUAUACGCCUGGAGCCCUAUGAAUUGGGAAAAGGUGGGGGUGCCUAAAUUUACUGGAAAAAGCAACAGUGUCCUGUGGCACCUUUAAGACUAACAUGUAUUGGAGCAUAAGCUUUCGUGGGUGAAUGCCCACUUCGUCGGAUGCAUGUGAUGGAAAUUUCCAGGGGCAGGUAAAAAUAUGCUGGCAAGAAUCAGUCUGGAGAUAACGAGGUUAGUUCAAUCAGGGAGGGUGAGGUCCUCUGCUAGCAGUUGAAGUGUGAACACCAAGGGAGGAGAUUUACCAGGUUACGCCUGGAGCCCUACAGACUGGGAAAAGAUGGGGUACCCUAAUGUGUGCAGGUAACAGUCCCCACCAAUGAUGUUGCAGGCAGCAACUGUUUCUGGAUGAGCAUUUCAUUCCUCUCUCGGUCAACUGGCCUGUCACACAGUGCAUUGCUAACUGCAGUUUUGCUGGAACAACCUACGGGUUUACUUAAUUCUCAAUCAAUGUUUUAUGUUAUACCAGCCAGAAUAUAUCCUGGAUUACCCAUGCAGUUACAUUAACAAGCAAUUUUAUUUCUAGAUGUUUGCUAUAUUGGUUUUUAUUUUCUAAAUUGUUUCAUUUAGUUUCUUCAGUCCAGUGUAAAGGAGAAGGCGGUGUCCCUGAAAUCUUGUGUUGUAGUCAGCCUUAUGAAGAGGGAAAGCAAGCAGGAUGAAAGACCGGUUAUGUGAACUGUAUGAGUUAGCUAAGCUUUAUAACCAACAGUUUCCUAACAAUGAGGAUGAUGAGAGUUUACCUCAUGAAACCCUCCUAUUUGAAACUGAUUAUGCCCUCGCAGCUCUUUACAAAGAUAUCCAGAGUAUCAGAACAGACAACCUGCACUUGAAAGAGGACGUCAAACGGCUAGGUAAACAAAAUAAUCGCUUUCUUACCUCCAUGCGCCGUCUUAGUAGUAUCAAACGAGAUACUAACAGCAUUGCCAAAGACAUCAAGGCCCGUGGAGAAGGCAUCCACAGGAAACUCCAGACAAUGAAAGACUUCAGUGAAGAUGCAGAAACAAAACAUGGCACGAUGUCUGUCAUAACCCGUGUAUCAAAGAAUCACUAUGUUGACCUCAUGCAUGCCUUUCAGGAAGCCAUGUUUGAGUACAAUGAGGCAGAGAUGAACCAGCGGGAGAACUGCAAGAUUCGGAUCCAGAGACAGCUGGAGAUCAUGGGCAAGGAUGUUUCCGGAAACCAGAUUGAAGACAUGAUCGAGCAAGGCAAGUGGGACGUUUUCUCUGAGAAUCUCCUGUCUGAUGUCAGAGGGGCUCGUGCAGCAUUGAAUGAGAUAGAGACGCGACACAAAGAGUUGAUGAAGUUGGAGAGUCGCAUCAGGGAGGUUCAUGAGCUCUUUCUGCAGGUGGCACUACUGGUGGAGCAACAGGCCGACACCUUUGACAUCAUUCAACUGAAUGUGGAAAAAGUUGAGGACUAUGUAGGAGAGGCUAAAUGUCAGGUGAGGAAAGCUUUGGAAUACAGGAGGAAACACCCUUGUCGAACACUCCUCUGCUGUUGCUUUUCAUGCUGCAAAAGCUGAUUCUCCUACUCAAGCCAUUACAGACCAACUUGAAUGUGCCCUAAGAAUGUACAGUUGAAAUAGUGCUUUUUAAAAUGGGCUACUCUUUGGAACAGGGUUGGUUUUGGAGGAUUGGGGUGAUUACCCCUUGUCUUAGAUGCCUUAAGCACAUUUAUGUGCUAAUAAAAGCCAAAUGUUGCUGGCAAAUCAUUUUUAUUAUCUUUAACAAAAACAAAAAAAAAUUCAAGCCUAACCGAUUUGGCUAUAAUCAAGGCUAGAGUGCUUGAGAGCUUCAUAAAAUGAUACAUGCUCCAAUCUGACACCACCUAAUUUAAAGAAUGAAUGAAAGGGUCAUAGCUUAAUCGAUGAAGGAUGAGUGUUGGUGUACCACGAGGUGGCUAUUUUCUAUCUUCCACAGUGAGAUUGCAUGGGGUACAGCUCUAUUGCUGUAGUGAUGUAAUUCUGUGGUGCUUCAUAAGUUUGCCUGCCUUUAGGAAACUUGGAGCCCACAUGAUGCAAUCCUUGAGCAAUUCAUUGCCACAUUCAUUUGAAGAAACAGUAAGUCUGUUACACUAUUAACAGAAAAUACAGAAUUAGUUUCUUAAACCUUUUUACACAAGGAGCUUGAUUCUGAUCUCACACUGGUUUUACACCAGUGGAACUCCAUUGAAAUGAAUGAAGCGAAUUUUGAUCUAUUCCAGUGUAGAUAAGAUCAAACUCAGUCCCAAGAAGUGGUCAUUCCUCUCUUUUCCUCACUCCCCCGCCCCCCUAAUCCCUCUCAUCAUUGUGAACACACCAGAAUUUUGACCAGGUCACAGGAAACACUGAAAAAUUAAGACCUCUCUUCAACUGACUCUUUACUUUAGUCAUUUAAAUACUCUGUUUAAUGUUGUUGUCUUUAAGUUUGUAAUGUAGUCUCCUGGAGGACUGAAAAUGGUCAUGGCAAACUUUUUUCAAAGAUUUUUAGCCCUGUAAAUAAAUAAUGCAACUAUCUACUCUCAAAUGUGACUUUUAACACCCAUAAAUGGACACUUGUCUGGAGGUGAAAUGCAACAUUUUAGAGAUUCACACACAAAUUUGAAGUUGUAGUGACAGAUUUACCUUGUAAAUAGAUGCUUAUUUUUGUAAGAAAAUGUAUUGAUAUAGUGUGUGUGUAUAUGUUAACAUGAAGGUAUUAAUAACAAUGUUUACUCUGGUUAGUUAUGAAGACUGAUGGGGCUGUCUUGUGCCUCUGCGACAACUGCACAUUGAAAAGAGACUAGACCCCUUUAUUCAAUACUCCUGUAUGAGCCAACAUUUUGGAGUCAAAAUGACACUUCCUUUUAUUGGGUUUGAAAAAUUUUCCCUCCUCCUUCUAAAACCUUCUCUGAUUGACCAUAUUAGGUUUGGACAAAAAGGGAGGAAGAGAAAUUUAAGGCCAAAUUUUGAAGUCCUUAAUUGAUUAUAGUUCCCAUUGGUUUCACUUGAUUGAGAGCUGAAGAAUUUGGCCCUUCCUUUUGAAGACCUUUGAGCUCUGUUAGCCCUACUGAGAACAGAGGGCAAUGCCAAAAGUAUGCACAAUAUUCCAACUACAGUAUUGUUAAGCAGCUUUCUGCUACAUUGUGAUUUAUUGGUACUUUGAACUCAUACAAGACUUUUUUUUUUUUUUUUUUUUUUUUUUUUUUUCCCUCCAGAAGUUAGUGACUUCAAAAAUCUUCUGUUUGGUUAACUUUUUCCCCUUUUUUUGUCCUUUUUAAUAAUAUAUUAUUUUAACAUUUCACAUUUGUAUUUUGAUUAUUUCCUGCCCAGAUGCACCCAGCUAUCCUUCUGCACCCUUCACAAUGAAAGGUUCCUCUUUCUGUCUUUUGCACACUAAAUGUCUAUUGUAACUAAUUCUUUUAAAUUACUUAUAAAACAAUAAGGCCUUGCAAAAACAAAUGGAUACUCACUUCUAAGCUUUCUGUGCCUAGCAAGAAAAUGUUUCUUGCUGGGCAGGCUUGCCACAUGGAGGAUGAGGGCUUUGGAUGAAGAACUGUGGACAAGAACUUUUUUCUUUCUCAAGAUGAAAGUCACUUUGCUUUGAACUAAAUAUUAUAUUAAGCACCCGUGUCUGUAUUUGCAUGUGUUCAUUAGCUAGAAUUUAUGUAGGGUACGAAUGAGCCUCAAACAAGAGGGUGUUUGUGGUAUACAGUAAAGUCUUGAAGCCAUCAGUGUUACAUUUGCUGGGGGAAAUGCAAACAAUUCAAAUCUGAACUGUAAGGGGGAAGAGAAUGGGGUGUAAAAUGUACUGGCUGGCACCAGUUACUAAUAUUUAAGAGGCGUUGUCAUGUUGAGUAGCACCUUAAUACUUAGUACUCCAUAAGCAGUCCCAAUCAAGUCAGACUGUUCCUGAAGAAAGGUACAUGUGCAUGAGGAUAUCCGAAUCUAGACUUAAAUCAGGCCACAGAAAACCUGAAUCUAUUUGCUGUCUAUUGUAUCUUUUUCCUCCCCCUUUUAUGAUGAAGUUAUGUAAGUGUUCAAAUUGUAUUUUUUUUUUUUUGGUACAUGUGUGUAUCUAGAAAUGCAAUAAACGUAUUUCAGUGUAAUGGUAAAGAUACAGAGAGUCACACCUUGAAUCAGCAGAUCUAAAUAGUUCCUUGCACAUUGAUAUUCUGUGGAACUUGGAAAAAGUCACAUUACCAAACUGUCUGUCCUUCUUUCAUCAACUCAUACAUGUGCCUGAAACAUUAAUGGGAAAAAAUGUUCUGCUAUUCUUCCUUGCCAAUGUAAU